ACAGGAAUAAGCUUCCGACCUGCAACAUAUCCACGGCUCUCAAAUCCGUUUAACCAAUCAACUGUUCCUGAAUAUCAUUCACAAAAUGCUGGAGGAACUCGGCAGAUCAGACAAUAUCAAUGGACGGGAAUAAACAAUCGACAUUUCGGACCGAGACAUUUAAACGACUUUUAAGAGCCAAGGAGGCCAACUCAGGGCGACAACGGUUACAGAGAAAAGGCAGGACAAUAUAUCAGCUAUGAUGGAAUGUCCUAAUUGUGCUUCCAUGUCUUAAGGCCUUACGUCGUAGACGGAGUGAAAGUAUUCGACAAAACAGACCCCAAAUCUCUCGGGUUUCACUAAUGUACAGGUGACUUAUGGUUUGUAACUUCAAAACAAGAAACUAAUUCAAAGGAAGACAUAGCAGUCAGAAAUGUGAGUCUAAUUUAAUGAUAACUUCAAGCGAGACGCCCACGUGUGACAUGGUAGCGUGAUAAUGGGUGCAAUUCAGACCCCGGUAUAAAGGCGAUCAAGGCCUGAGCCCGGCCUCUCAGUCUCCAGGAUGUAGUAUGGUGGUCACUCACUGUUUGUUCCUUCUGCCAGUCAAUAAAGGCCGAUAUCUUGCCUGACGUUUCAGAAUUAUGUUUUGCAUUGAACUGCUGCUGCUAAAUCAACAAAUUUCACAUCACAUGCUGGUGAUAAUAAACCUGAUUCUGAUCGUGCAAGAAGGGGACUAGUGAGGAAGGCCACCAGGAGAUUUACAACAACUCUGGAGGAGUUGCAAGAUUCAGUGGUUGAGGAGCUGGUUGGGUCCGACUCUGCAGACUCGAAAAAUAAAGUUUACCGUUCUGCAAAUUGCUGAGACUCAGUGUGUUUCUGACAACGUGGGGGCUCGUCCGGGAUCCACACUCCGGCCGCGGUGGACACGAGGAAGGACAUCGGAGACGGUGCACCCCGCCGAGUUUGGCGGUCCCUGACUCCUUGCUCGUCGCUCCGGCGCGGCUUGAGCGAGUGAUAUCCGGACAGCGCAGAGCGGUAAACGGGGAGAAGGGGACAGUACCUGGUACUGGAAGUCCCCAAGACGCACCGGGUAAGUGCCUACUAUUAUAGUAGAAGGGUGCGGGAAUAAGUAAGGACGGAGAAGACCGGGAUAGCUACCCGGGGGUUCUCCUGAUAAAAGUCCUUGGGACGCACCGGGUAAAGUGCCUACUGUUGCAGUAGAAGGGUGCGGGAUUAAGUAAGAGCGGAAUAAGAUGGGAGGGGGUGGCUCUAAAAAGAAAGAGGAAACGGAAAGACCGGGACCAUACCCGGGGGUUCCUCCUGAUAGCCCCCUCGGUAGAAUGUUUGAGAAUUGGGGAUGUGGAAGACUAAAAGGGAAACAAAAGAAAAAAAUGAUACAGUACUGUUUAAUUUGGUCGAAACAGCCGAUAGAAAAACCUGCGGUCUGGUGGCCACGGCUUGGGUCUGAGGAGGAUUGGGUACGACAAGCCUUAAACAUUUACGUUAAUUCAAAACCAAAUGUAAAACCGGAAGAAAUUGCUUAUGCUUUUUGUUGGGCUCCCUGGCCAGGAGUAACAACAAAGAGUUUUAAAUUGGGCAUUAAAGGGGAGCGGAAGUGGGACCCACUCGAUCAUUUACCCCCUCCCUAUGUCCAGCCUUCUGCGCCCCUUGCGGGAGCAGAGGGAGGACGUGAAGAAAGUGAAGGAACAGAAGAAAUAGACCCGGAGAGGGAUGUUAGGGAAAAAGCAAAAGCAAGGAUCGAAACAAGGAGUGUGACAAGAGCAGAUAAGAAAAAGAAAGACGAAUUAAAAAAGGAAGAGGUACAGCUGUGUCCCCUUCGAGAGGUUCCAAUGGGAGGAGAACGGGGAGGAACAGGAUUUGUAAACGUCCCUCUGACAAGUACCGAAGUACGAGGAUUUAAGAAAGAUAUGAAAACUUUAUUAGAAGAUCCAAUGGGACUGGCAGAACAGUUGGAUCAAUUCUUAGGACCUAAUGUUUACACUUGGGAAGAAAUGCAUGCGAUUAUGGGAACGCUAUUUUCUGCACAAGAGAGGCAAAUGAUACGACAAGCUGCAAUAUCAAUUUGGGGAAGGGAACAGCCGAAUGAGUUACCGGGGGACCGGAAAUUUCCAGUAAACGACCCACAGUGGGACAAACAAGCAGAAGAGGGAAGACGCAAUAUGCGACAGUGGCGAGAGUACAUCAUUAAGGGAAUAAGGGAGGCUGUGCCAAAAGGUCACAACUUUGCCAAGGCGUUUGGAAACCACCAAGGGAAAGAUGAGAGCCCAACCGACUUCCUCGAUAGGGUGCGGAAAAAUGUGCAACAGUAUGCGGGGGUGGACCCUAAUUCGGCAGUAGGGGAACAAUUCAUACGAAUUGAAUUUGUAUCAAAAGCAUGGCAAGACAUCCGGAAGAAGCAACUCCGGUGGACCGUCUUGCCCCAAGGGUUCACGGAGUCCCCAAACCUAUUCGAACAGGUACUGGAGCAAGUAUUGGCUGGAUUCCAUUGUACCGAAAAGAACCAACUAUUACAGUAUGUCGAUGACCUACUACUAUCGGGACCAGCAGAGGAGGUAGUGCGAGACAAUACUAUAAGACUCCUGAAUUACCUAGGAGAAAAAGGAUUGCGGGUGUCCAAGAAGAAACUGCAAUUUGUCGAGAAGGAAAUAACAUAUCUCGGACACAGAGUCAGUAAAGGGCACCGCCAAAUAACCCCAGAAAGAAUAGCGGGAAUAACUAAAAUACCGCUUCCCAGGACAAAGAAGGAAAUAAGACAAUUUCUGGGCUUAGUGGGCUAUUGCCGGAUUUGGAUAGAGAAUUAUACCUCCCUGGUGAAGUUUAUGUACCACAAAUUGGCAAAGGAAGACCGGGGAAUAAUCAGCUGGACCGAAGAAGAAGAACAGAAGUUCAGGAAAAUAAAAGGGCAACUAAUUCGGGCCCCGGUAUUAACACUGCCAGCACUGGAAAAGCCCUUUCAGCUGUAUGCAACAAACAAUGAAGGAACUGCGUUAGGAGUACUAACCCAAGAAAAAGGAGGAAAGCGGCAACCUGUGGCCUUUUUAUCAAAAAUGUUAGACCCGGUAUCCCGGGGAUGGCCGACGUGCAUACAAGCCGUAGCGGCAGCAGCCGUACUAGUAGAAGAAGCACGGAAAUUAACCUUUGGGGGAAGAAUGACGGUGUAUACCCCGCACUCCGUUAGCACCCUCUUAGCCCAAAAAGCUCAGCGGUGGUUGACGGACUCUCGCAUACUGAAAUACGAAACCAUUCUGAUGGUCGGGGAUGAUUUAAGCUUUGAAAAGAACAAUAGUUGUAACCCGGCACAGUUCUUAUAUGGGGAAUCAACAGGGGAGGAAACCGAGCAUAACUGCGUGGAGCUAACAGACCUUCAGACAAAAAGUAGGGAAGAUCUACAAGAAGUUCCCCUAAUUGAAGGCGAGGAACUAUAUAUCGACGGCUCCUCCAGAUGCAUCAAUGGGGUACGACACAGUGGAUAUGCUAUUAUAAACGGGAGGACUAGGGAGACGGUGGAGUCUGGCCGGCUCCCGGGUAAUUGGUCAGCCCAGUCUUGUGAACUAUAUGCCUUGCAGAGGGGACUGCAACUGUUAAGAAACAAAAUAGGCACUAUAUACACCGAUUCUAAGUAUGCUUAUGGAGUGGUACACACCUUCGGAAAGAUUUGGAAAGAACGGGGGUUGAUAACAGCCAGGGGAAGGGAAUUAGCUCACGAACAAAUGAUAAGCAUGACUCUGGAAGCCCUAACAUUACCUCAAGAAAUUGCAGUGGUUCAUGUUCCAGGACAUCAACGAGGAACAGCCCCGGAAGCAAUAGGAAACCGGCUCGCAGAUGAAGAAGCCAAACGGGCAGCAAUGGAAAAAACGGUCCGACUUCUAACCCUGAUACCAAUAAGGGAAGGGCUUAACAAACUACCAGUCUUCACCCAAGUAGAAAUAGACGCUAUGAGCCAGCUGGGAGCCCGACAAACAUCAGAAGGCGAGUGGAAGACCCCCGACGGACUGAAUAAGGAAGUAACUCGUCAUAUACUGCAACAACUACACCAACAAAGCCAUUGGGGAGUGCAAGCUAUGUGCGACACUAUCCUAAGGGACUAUGUUUGUAAAGGGAUAUUCACACUAGCUCAACAGGAGGUGUGGGGCUGUUACACCUGCCAAAAGGUAAACAAGAAAAUGAUGCGUGCCACCCAUAAGGGGGGACAAACACUAGCCGUCCGACCGUUCCAUCGGAUCCAAAUAGACUUUACGGAACUACCACAAGUUCAGAGAUGGAAGUACCUGUUAGUAAUUGUGGAUCACUUCACUCGGUGGGUGGAAGCAUUCCCAACCACUAAAGCGGACGCCCCUACAGUGGCACGGAUCCUAUUAGAAAAUAUAGUCCCGAGAUAUGGAAUAAUGGGGUCUAUUGAUUCAGUUAGGGGAACACACUUUGCCUCAAAAACACACCAGCUAAUCUGUGACACCUUAGGAAUCCAGUGGAAGCUGCACACCCCCUGGCACCCUCAGAGCUCAGGAAGAGUUGAGAGGAUGAACAGUACUUUGAAGACGCAAUUGACAAAACUAAUGAUGGAAACCAAGCUACCCUGGACCAAGUGUCUACCCCUGGCCCUACUAAGAAUCCGCACGGCUCCUCGAAAAGAUAUAGGAGUAUCCCCUUAUGAAAUGUUGUUUGGCCUUCCAUAUUGGAACAAGGUGGAGGGCUAUCCUUCCCUGCAAGGGGGAGAUGUCUUUGUAAGGGACUAUUUACAGGCACUGUCUCGUUCUUUUGCAGAAUUGCGCAGGAAGGGGUUACUCGCACAAACCCCACCUCUGGACUUCGCACUCCACCGAACUCAGCCCGGUGACUGGGUCCUGAUUAAGACUUGGAAGCCAGAGAAGUUACAGCCGCAGUGGGAAGGCCCAUUCCGGGUGCUACUGACCACCGAAGCUGCAGUAAGGACAAAAGAAAAAGGGUGGACCCACGCCGCGAGAAUCAAGGGACCCGUAAAGCCCGAAGAAGGUGCAGAAUGGACUUGCGUCCAGGGAGAAGACCCGAUGGUGCUAAAGCUCAAAAGACGGACAGAAUGAACUUUGGGACUGUAAUGUAUAUACUGCUAUUGUUGAGAAGCGCUGAAGGGGGAUGUGAUAAGUGCAGGACGACGGUAAGGGUGGGCAUGACGGUUUUUCCAGGGUCCUUUGUAUCACACUCGCAUGUAAACGAGAAAUGUUAUGACUACAACAAAAAGGAGGCUGGUGGCGAACCGCUUUAGGGGUUAUAGGAGGGGGAUUGAUGGUCCUCCUUCUGCUACCAUGUCUGAUCCCCUGCUUGCGGGAGCUAGUAGCUCGGGUGGCAAGACAAGUCAUGCAACCAGGGGCCCCAGCUGAUCCUGUUCAGGUACUCCUACAAAGGGAAAUAGAGCUAGAGGAAGAAGCCUAUGUAAACCCGUGGCAAAAGCCCAACUGAUAGCACAUUCUAAAAAGAAAAAGGGUGGAUUGAGAGAAAUGAUUAAAUUAAAGACGGUACUUAAGGAGUCCAUUUAGAAUGUGCUGACACAGAAAGAGCGUGCAAAGCAACUUGCAGGGCAACGUAUAAACCAAUUUGCAAAAUGAGGAUGAAACAAUAGCUUGCUGAUUAAAGAAGCGAUACGGGUAACGGGAAGACAUGCUUAACGGUUGAACAAUAACGGUGUUAAUGCGCUGAGGCUGAUAAGUGGGCCAAAGGGUAAUCACAUUUGUAAUUUUGUAAUGAGAUUAAGGAAGAAUGUCUGCACCUCACAUGGGUGCAACUCACAAAGUCGUAAACAAGUAGGGUAUAAAAAACUGUGCAAAGUGUAAUUCGGGACUCAAUCUAGCAGGAGCUGGUUGGGUCCGACUCUGCAGACUCGAAAAAUAAAGUUUACCGUUCUGCAAAUUGCUGAGACUCAGUGUG